CUGCAUUUCAUGGCCGUCGUCGUCUUCUCCAAUCCAAUCGGCGGUCUCCCCGCCGGCCGGCCGGCCGGAGCCCCUCUAUAAAUACUAACCUAGGGUGCCCCGACCCGGCCGGCCGGUCCCACGGACGCAAGGCAACCGCCCGCCGGAGGUUCCAAGAUUCCGGCCGAUGGCUCCGUCGCGGCGCGUUGGGGAGGAGCUGCAGGACUUGGAGGAAGGCACGGGCGAGAGCUCUCCGGCGCCGCGGUCACCGCGCGAGGCCCAUCCGGACCUCCACGCGGUGCAAAGGAGGAUCUGCGAGCGCCUCCGCCUGACGGGGAGACACGACGAGACGCUCGCAGACCCCUCCUUCCACGGCCGCCUCGCCCGCCACCUGCAGAGGCUGCCCCGGAGGUAUCUCUUCGACCUCGACGUCGAAGACAAGGCCGAGGACGUCCUCCUGCACUGGGAGAUCCUCCAAGAGUGCGCAGACCCCGAGAAGCGACCCGUCUUCCACGCGCGAUAUAUCAAGAGCAUGUCAGUUCGAGCGGAUUAUCACGGCAUUGGCGACAAUCAAGAGCUUGAGGAGCCAUGCCAAAGGUUGAUGGAGGACCUCAGUUUGGAGAGGAGAAAGACUGUGGACGGCAAUGAUUCCAUGUCUAUCUCCUCUAGGGGUGAUUUGAAAACUAAGCUUAUCCAUGAGAUCAUUUUCUCUUCCAUUGACAGGCCCAAGCUCCUAAGCCGGCUUACUGCGUUGCUCUCGGAGGUUGGAUUGAAUAUUCAGGAAGCUCAUGUUUACUCUACCAAAGAUAACUUUUGCUUGGAUGUUUUUGUCGUCGAUGGAUGGGAGACAGAGGAGACAGAUGAUUUGAUCGUGAAGAUUAAGGUGGCCUUAGCACAAAAAAAUGCAUCACCAUCCAAUUCCACAAAUUCUUCAACGUCAGAGAAAAUAACUGACCUACAACAAAAGGUUGGAGAUUCUGAAAUCGACUGGAACAUGCUAACAAAGGGGGAAAAGAUUGCAUCUGGAUCUUCUGCAGACUUAUACCGAGGAACUUAUAAUGGUCUUGAUGUCGCUAUAAAGAGUCUCAGAAUUGCCAAUCUUAACAACCCUUCAGAAAUUGAGUUCCUGCAAGAAGUACUUAUUUUAAGGAGAGUUAAUCAUGAAAAUAUUCUUCGAUUCUAUGGGGCAUGCACAAAGCAUCCAUACUAUUGCAUCAUUACCGAAUACAUGCCUGGAGGGAAUUUAUAUGACUUUCUUCACAAGCACAAUAACUUUUUGGAUCUCAUUACAAUUCUAAAAAUUGCUAUCAGUAUCUCAAAAGGAAUGGAUUAUCUACACCAAAAUGACAUUAUCCACAGGGAUUUGAAGACUGCAAAUCUUCUAAUAGGCUAUGAUCAAGUCAUAAAGAUUGCGGACUUUGGUGUGGCACGACAUGGAAGUCAGGAGGGGCAGAUGACUGCUGAAACGGGAACGUACCGAUGGAUGGCGCCAGAGAUUAUUAAUCAUAAGCCUUAUGAUAACAAAGCAGAUGUAUUCAGCUUUGCCAUUGUUCUAUGGGAGUUGUCAACUUCAAAGGUCCCAUAUGACAACAUGACGCCCUUGCAAGCUGCAUUAGGUGUAAGGCAGGGAUUGCGCUUGGACAUUCCCACAUGCGUGCACCCAAGAUUGUCAAAACUGAUUCAACGGUGUUGGGACGAAAAUCCUGAUGUACGGCCUACUUUUGCUGAGAUCAUUGUAGAACUUGAAGACAUCUUGCAGCAUGUUCAGGCAGCAAAGGGUGUCAAUCGUCGCUCGAGGGCCAAGAUGCAGAAGAAAUCAGAGCGUUAGAGAAGGGUAUCUUAAGGAAGGAGAAGUUUCUUAAGAAAUGAAACGCAUGCGGAUGCCAGUGUUAGGUUUAGGGUGUCCUUUUUGGUGUUGGGGCUUGUUUGAUGUACAGUAUAGAAUGGUGGUAUCUGGAACAACACACUGGCGUGCAGUUGGCAGUAUGGAAAGUUGAUACUUCUGAGACUGAAAGUGAACAAAGGAAAGCACUGGCACUCCUUUGGGGAAAUACGGAAACAUGUAUCCAUCUUAGUAUCCUGCUGCAUCAUGUGGAACCUCGUGUCUGUUGGUGUCCGCGUUUUGCCGAUACUUUUUCUCAAUUUAUGGCAAUCGUUAACCGCAACUCUCCUCA